UGAGGUCCUCCAGGAAUGUGGUUGAGAACCACUGGGUUAUGGCACCUGCAGCCUCCACAGAGCCUCUGGUGAGCAGGGCUUCCCCCACAGACACAGACAAUGGCAUCUUUUGAGUGCACAAGAUGAGCACUAGGACCCAGAGAGCGGUGCAUUUUCUUCCAGGGGUUGCCUAAGCCUGAGCGCACACCCCUGCUCAGGCAAACUGAGAGAGGAAAAGAGAGAGGGAGAGACUAGAGGAACGCAGCUCUGUUGUUGUGGUCACUCCAAGAACCCUGCGCGGCGCAGAAAUGGAGGGACUGAAGUGCAGGAACUGACCCGCUGCCAUCGGGAGGACAGGAAUACAUGUGGAAGGGCUUCUUCAGAGUGGAUCGGGAUUAAAAGGAGCCGAGGGCUGCAUGGGUCCAGUGGUCAUGCCCCCAGGGAAGAAGGCCGAGGGCCCCAGCAGUGGGAGCGUGGCGCGGGGUCUGAGUCAGCUCUACCAGGACACCGAGGCAGCUGACCUCUCUCUGGCCCUGUCUGCCUCCCUCAGCCGGGCCGAGGACGAGGAGCUGACCAGCCUCAGCUGGCUGCACGAGAGCACGGAUCUUCUGACCAGCCUGGGCCACUCAGGUCUGCGAAGCGUCAGCCCCCUGCAGGAUGCUAACGGUAGCCGUGAGCCCUCCUCCUCGCCGUCGUCCUCCCCUGAGCCCAGCGAGCCACCCUACCACCUGUCCACGGGGCCCAGCCGCAAACCUCCCUACUCCUUCAGCUGCCUCAUCUUCAUGGCAAUAGAGGACGCUCCCUCCAAGCGACUUCCUGUCAAAGACAUCUACGGCUGGAUACUGGAGCACUUCCCCUACUUCGCUAGCGCCCCCACUGGCUGGAAGAAUUCAGUGCGUCAUAAUCUGUCGCUAAACAAAUGCUUCAAAAAGGUGGAUAAGGAUCGCAGUCAGAGUAUAGGAAAGGGUUCACUCUGGUCUAUUGAUCCUGACUACAGACACAAUCUGAUUCAGGCGCUAAAGAAGACUCCAUAUCAUCCGUAUUCCCCUCGGCUUCCAAAACCUUCUACCUCCCCAUCUGCCUCUCCUCAGCAAUACCACAGUCCUCCACUAUGGCCAGGAAGUCCACUCUUCAGAAAGAACGGUGGAGUGCUCUUACAAGUUCCACAGAGAGUGAUACAGCAUGGCUCACGUGUUGCCGCUCAGGGGCUCUUUCCAGUUAUCAGACCCCUUCCUUUGAGUCCUGUGAGCAAGAGGACUACAGCCGUGAGAUCAGCCCUGGGCGAUUAUCUGACACGGGGUAAAAACAGCCUGCGCAGUGACUCUCCUCCACCCAGCGAUGAUCAACAGGAGGACCACACAUACAGCAGCUCGCAGUCCCUAAAUACAAAGGGGGACAUUUCUUCCUCCCUCUCCUCCUGCUCCACUCAGGGUUCCCUCUCUGCCUUCAGCCCCGGUCAGGAGGUGACGCACACUGAGGUCAAGGAGGAGCAAAAAGACUUUCCGCUGGACGCCACACCACCUCCUUCCCAGCUGCUCCAGCACAGAAGACUGCUGUGGACCAAAGGUCACCUGCGGACCCCCGCCGACACGCUUCCCCUGAAGAAGAGACGGGCCGAAAAGCUCCUGGUUAAAGAGGAGGAAGACGAGGAGAUGAAGGAGGCGGCGGGGUCGUUGCUUCACCUGGCUGGCAUGCGCACCAGUGUGAAUAAAAACGCUCAGCGUACGUGUAAAAAAGAGGUGAAAGAGGAAGCCAAUGAUUAGCAAUGAACGAAAAUCCCGUUAACACAGAUCUAAAUACUUCUGUUCCAGGAUAUCAGGUGAAUUCUAGUCAGUUGUUGCAAUAUCAAUAAAAUCACUGUUGUCCCUUGUUAAAUUUGAUUUCCCGGGUGAAAGAUUCUCAUGUUCAUGUUGUUUUGUGUGUGUGUGCGUGCGUGCGCGAAAGUGUGCGUGUAUGUGUGUGUGAAGAGGGAAAAAAGCCAUAGUAAAAUUUGGGUCAUUUGAGCAUGUAAAAAUGUAUUAAUGUUUCUUUCUUUUAAUUCAUCAAGCCUACCGAACAAUUUAAAAGAAUUAUGUUGUAGCAAUCCUUCUAGUUCACAUCAGAAAGCUGAACGGAGAGAUUUUAUAUGCUGCUCUCAAGUGUGCCAAAGAUAUGAUACCUGUUGAUGAAAGUGCAGCUAAUCCAUGCACACUUAGUAACACCAAUAAUAGUUAUAAAAAUAGUGAUACCAACCUAUAUUACAAAAACAUCAGAUGAGGAUCUGGGUCAGUGACAUGAUGCUCUGUUGUCUUGGUCUGGAUUUAUUCAAAAAUAAAUUAAAAAUGCAAUUCAUAUAUACACUGAGUUGAAUGCACCUCUUCUAGGAUGGGCAUGUUUUUAAUUUCUGAAUUCAUUUCGAUAAAAAAAUUGAAAAUGUCAUUGAUACAACUGUCCUCAUUGCAGUUGUAAUUUUAUUAUGUCUUUUAAAAAGUAAUAACUUUUCAUUAUUUGAUAUAAUAUUUUAACAAAACUGCUAAAUCAAAUUGCCAAUAAAUAACAUUUCAAAAAAAUCUAUCAUUGAGAGGAUCCCUGUAGACCUUUAUGUGUGUCGGUAAGUCUCUUAAAAUAUCAGAUCAUUUGAAACUAUAUGACAUUAGGAACACUUUUUAACUUGAAAAAUGUAUUUAAUUUUUAUGAUUAAGAUGCGUGCACACCACAUGUAUUUAAGGUGUAAAGAAAAUAUAUUCUUUUUAGUAAUUAUUGGUUACACCACAUAACCUUUUAGAGUCAUUAAAUUGAAAUGGUGUAAACAAAUACAAAAAGUACUUAGCACGUUUUUUUUAUAUGUCAUCGACCCAUUUAUUUAUUAAGCAGCAAAUGCUUCGUUUAAAAUGGCCUGUGUCCAGUGGAUAACAAACGUAAAGGUCGAAUGCAACAUGCCAGUUCUCUCUUAGAUGCCUGGUGUUUAAAACAUGUCUUAUUUGAAGCACACUAAAACUAAUCUUGUAUGAAGCAAUGCGUCACAAAUGCCUAUUGUGUUGCCAAAAUAUUGGUGUUUUUUUUUAUGCUCAUUUGUAUUAUUAUUAUUUUAAUCUUCAUCACAAUCCAAGCAAUUUGUCCUGUCAGGAUAACACUGUAAAAAGAUACUCCCUUUUUUCCACAAAAGGCAGUUUUUGCCUGGUUUUCAGUUAUAUUGCAUGGGUGCUUGUACAUAAGAAAGAAGUAUUUCCUUUUCUAAAUGAAAGAUCAUGUAAGAUAUUUAGCAUGAGGCAUGGCUUAUUUUCUUACGAGAAAAACAGAGAGAGGCGUCUCUUAAAGCGUAGGUUUCUUUCUUUACUCCUUUUUUAAAAUUGUAUCUCUCUUCUGUGGCAGACAACUCUUCCAAAGGAGGAGACUUCACGAAAACCCAUUAAUGAACAGAUCUGCCUUGUAUUGAAUAUCAGGUGAAACUGAUUUUGCCUUUUUUGUGGUCCUCGGUUCGGUUUCGUGGUCCUUUUUCCAAUUCAUUGAUGUAAGUGUUCAAAUGUUGUUAAUAAUCAGUGUUGGAUGACCUAUCAAUCUGUACACCCUUUAAGGUUGUGCCUGCCUUUAGUUUGUGUGCUUGGAUGUCUGUUCUGUUCUUUUGUAAUGGUUCGAUACUCCGUCAUUUUCAUUGUGCAAUCUGAGCAU